GAGUCACAAGAGCUCCAGCUGCUUCUUCUCUUGGGCGGGUGUGGCUGUGCUGAUGGACUGGGGGGCCCCAUUCAGACCCAACCUCUGGAUCCAGCUCUCAGAAUGACCCUGGAGGUUUCAAUAGGCCCACCCCCUUCACUGCCUCGUGGCUGGUCUCCCCCAGAACUGCACACCAUGCUGGAGACGUCUUUGGAGAAGGCCCUGACCACUGUGGUCACCACUUUCCAUAAAUAUUCAGGGAGAGAGGGCAGCAAACUGACUCUGAGUAGGAAGGAGCUGAAGGAACUGAUCGAGAAAGACCUGUGUCUUGGUGAGAAGAUGAAGGAGAGCAGCAUCGAUGACCUGAUGAAGAGCUUGGACAAGAACAGCGACCAGGAGAUCGACUUCAAGGACAAACAAAAAAAGGAGUACUCGGUGUUCCCGACCACGCUGUGCGUGGCCUACAACGACUUCUUCCUGGCGGACAACCAAUGACUGGGCCCUGGCCCCUGACCCCUGCAGCUCCUCUCACAGACCCUCCGUGGCCCCUUGCCUUCCUCUCCCUCCCAGAUGGACCCUGCUUCAGCCUUCCCUUCCAGCAGAGGAAAUAAAGGUUUUUGAUUCCAGGUG